AUGGAUCUGUUAUCAGUUAAAGGUGGCAGCCCUGCAAAUUUCCUCGACAUUGGAGGUUCUGUUGGGGUCGAAGAAGUGAAGACUGCUUUGGGUAUCAUAAAUUCGGACUCCAACGUGAAGAGUGUACUCAUCAACAUCUUUGGUGGUAUAGUGAAGUGUGACGUUGUCGCUGAGGGAAUUGUGAGAGCCGCUCAAGAGCUGAGCAUCGACCAUAAACCGAUCGUGGUGCGUCUCGUCGGCACCAACGUGGAGAGAGGCAAGAGCAUCUUAGCUCAGGCUGGACUGGAUUAUUACGCAAUUGACGAUCUCAACGAAGCCGCUAUCAAGGCGGUUGAGCUGAGCAAAGCUUAA